CUCGAAAACACCGACGCGACAUGCCGUGGCUCGAAAACCGAAAACUAUUGGGUGGACGAAAAUGAAUCGCAUACUAGCAACGCUGUAUUUCGUCAGGUCGGCAUGGUCCGUCGAGGCUUUGGCAGCGACUCCCGUGCUUUUCCGGGGACCUCCGGCACUGGCAUUCUCCUCCGCAACCGCUUCUUUGCAACGAACCACCGGCAUUCCUUCGAAUCGGAAAUGGCGGUUACGCCUUCGCUCGGCAAGCCGGUGGACGAAUGCAAUGGCACCCCUGACGGCAACGCCGAGCGCCGGCAUCGACGCCGCCAACGCCAACGCAGACUCCAACGCAAACGGCACGUGCUGCACCGACGAGGAGGGGGUCCGCGCGCUGCUCGGUGCCCAAGACUUCGACCGCAUCGACGGUUUGGUGAGGGAGCGGUCCCUGGCCCGGUGGCAGGGAAACUACACCGGCGCCGACGACCUGAAAGAACGGAUCCUCGGCGAUCCGGGCAUCCCGGGCGGCCACGAGGUCUUCCUGCGGGACCUUCCCCGGAGGGAGGGGGGCGGUGCCAGGUGGAGCCUGGUCCCCACGGUGGGGCAGCAGGCCCGGGACGAGGAGUUCCGGUCGGGCACGAAGAUACUGCAGCUGGCGCACGCGGCGCUGGGGCUCGCCGUGGAAGACAACCAGCGGCCCCGGACGCCUUGGCGGAACCGGCCCCGCACCGAGUCCCUAGAAGCGCUGGUGGACAAGGCCAGGGCCCGGCUCGAGGUCCUCCUGGAGGAAACGAGGACCCUGGAGCAGGCCGAGGCGGCACCGGACGUGGAGGUCUCGAAGAAGCAGACCACGCUCCGGACCGAGCUGGGGGGGAGGACGGCCGCGGACGCCGCGCUGUGGUUUGCCCUGGCCGGGACCAAGGACGCCCGCCUCUUUCGCGGGCUGGCGGACGCGGCGAGCUGGGAGCUCGACCGCUUCGGCCAGCGGCCCUCCUGCAAGAGCAAGAACGUCUACCAGAUCCUGGAGCGGUUUUCGGCGGCGGGGCUUUUGGGGCACGACCGGCUGGAGGCCGUGGCCCGGAGGUGCCUCCGUUCCAAACAGGCGGGGGGGGGAGGUUUCGCGGGCGAAACCGAGGGUGCCCUUGUGCCGGCGGCGUCCCCGAACCUGCACUCGGACCGAUCGCUGCUGCUGAUCUGGAAGUUCGCAACCAAGCAAAAGAAACAGCAAGCAUUCCUGCGCUCCGUCCGGAAAGAAUGGGAAGACUACCACCGAGAAGAAGGAUCGCACAACGCCACGGAAACCGAAACCGAAGAAUCGUCCAGGGCAUCCGGUGCCGCCAGCAAUCGUCCGGACGAAGGACCCUCCUCCUACGAGUGGGAGACCAUGUUCCGAGACGCGACGCGUCCCCUCGUGGUCGACGUUGGCUGCGGGAUGGGGGUGUCUCUGCUGGGGCUUGCCUCCACUCCCGGUCGCCAAAACGGCGAGGAGCGAGAAUCGGCGCGCCUGUUGCUGGGGGGCGACGCGAGGUGGUCGGACUGCAACUUUGUGGGCGUCGACCUGGGUGCGCUCGGGAUCGGGUACGGCCGGGGGAUCGCACAUCGGUGGGACCUAGAGGGAGAGCUCGCCUUUGCCAUCGAUUCCGCGGAAGACUUUUGCCGGAAGCUCGGAUCGUAUCCGGGGGAGGUGCGCUGCUGCAUGAUCCAGUUUCCGACGUGAGUAUCUUUGGAGCGCUGCGUGGCGUAUUGGUUUUGCGUUUUGCGUUUGCGUCGUCGUUUGCGUCGUCGUUUGUUGUUGGGCAUUGCCUGAUCGGGUUGAUUCGUCGCGUUUUUUUUUAAAUUGUGCAGACCGUUUCGGUUGCAAAACAAGGACGGGGGGAACUCCCAGCUCCCCGCGUCGCAACUCGAUGGUUUCAUGGUCACGGAGAAGCUCUUGGAAACCAUCCACUCGAGCCUUCAUCCGACACGGGGAAGGCUCCUCCUGCAGAGCAACUGCGAAGACGUCGCGGUGUGGAUGCGGAACCUCGCGUGCCGAACCGUCGGGUUUGAGUCGAUCGACGACGACAACAAAGACGACGACCGGUCCGACGGUUUGUCCAAACAACAAAGAACCCCGCAAAGAACGCUGGAUUGGAUGGCAAUGGGCGGGGAACGAGCGGAGGGCCGCGGCUGGUUUCAGAGAAAUAUUUUGCACAGAAAAGGAGCCACCGAAACAGAAGCGACCUGUGCGAUCAACGGAACUCCUAUCCACCGCUGCCUCUUGAAGAGAAAGGAAUAAAAAACAGAUCGUAGAAAGCGACAC